ACAAGCUACUUUUGUCUUUCGUGGGUUCCGAACGUUGACUCUCACGCUCCUGCAUACCAUUGGUUGUUUAUUCCGUUUCGGAAGUUUCUGGAUUAAACAGGUGGAUUUUUUUUUUUUUGGAGUUGAUGGAUCACAAUAAAACCUAAUAAUUUAUGUGUUUGGGGUUUUGUGGAAAAUAAUUGGGAUUUGAGGUGCGGGAAGGGAUAAGUGUAUGGGGGCGUGACCCAGGGCACGAAAGGAGGAAACUUUGGCUACAGAAGGUUGUUUCUUUAGCCGGGUUUCUUUCAAAAAUGGUGCAGAGUCUGUGUUUGAUGGCUUCUCAUGGUUACCCUCCUGGCCUUGUCUUACACCCCCAACUGGGCUUGGCCGGCACCAAUAUCAAGGGCUAUAAAACAUCCUUUCCUUCUACAGUAGCAAAAUCAGAGCUGAUCAGAUAUCAGUCUCCUUGUCUUAAGCCAGGACUGUGUGAGGAUUUGAGGAAAUCCGAAAAUGAAUCGGUUGAUUAUAAUAAUAAGUUUUUCAAUGUUGACUUCUCAGUUCAAAGACCCAUGCUUAUGGAUGACCAAGCAAAGUUCUCAAAUGCAGUACUUUUUGGCUUUGGCAUUGUUGAACAAUGCACUAAGCGUGAUAAAAUUUUAAAUCUCCUAAUGUCCGAGACUGCUGAAGCAGGGAUAGAUGGAGCAAAUUUAUCCUUGUUAUCGGAUUUGAUGAAAUUGCAGUUGUCAGGCAUUAAUGAACCUCAGCAACCAUUGUCAUCUCUUAUCUACCCAACUGGCAAAUUCAACAUCCAGAAGCCUUUGCUGCAUUUUGUUCAAGAUUCAGCCCUUUCUUCAAAGAUCAUGGUUCAUCCAGAUGGUCAAAUCACAUUUAUGGGUACUGCAAUUGAGUUGAAAGACCUUCUCUCUGUUGUUGCCGAGUCAUAUUUGUCAAAAUGCUCACAUAAGUUUGGAAAGCAAUCUAUGCUUGUUCCACACUUCAGUAGGGUGAAUAUCAAUGAAGUAGAGAUAAGCCAUUCCUCCACACUGAAGAUUCAAUCUGCCUUAACUGCUCCUUUAAGGAGCAGUCCUGAGAAAGUCAAAAUCAAGCCAUCACCAAGAAAGAACAAGAAAGCAGGCAGGGAGAGGAAUCUCUACAAGAACUAUUCACAUGCUUGUGAGAUCCUUCUGUCCCUGAUGGUUGACAAGAAGCAACGUCGGAAAACGGUAAUUCUCUCACUGAAGAAAUCUGGCCCCGAGCUUCCUGAGCUCCUGACACAAGUUUCUGCUGGCAUUGCUGGUACCGGCCUAGCGGUCCUGCUAUCUGUAAUCUGUAACCUAGCUUGUGGAAGGUCUACCAUUUGUGCUUCUGCCUUUUUCAAUACUGGGUUUGGAUUUGGGAUGGUUUGGCUUUCUGGGGCAGUACAUAAGCUAAGGGCCACAAUUGUCAGCUUGAGCAAGAAUGCAGGAAAGUUGGCUUUGAAAGAAGAGGAAAUGAUGCAGAAGCUGGAUAAGAGCAUAAGAGAUAUUUACUAUACUGCUGCAGCAUUGUUAGCAGUAGUGGUGCUAAGGCUUGCUUGAGUAACAUCUCCAAAGAUGUAGUUUGAUCAUUGAUGAACUGUAUAUGCUAUAUGGCUAAUUGGGUAAAUGCUCAGUUAUUUCUGGUUGGUUGAUGUCUACAGUGAUGGCUUUUGGUGAAGCAAAUAGCAAAGCAGACAGUAAGAACAAAGGUUAGAAAUAGUUCCACAAUGAGAUCUUCACGCCCAAAGUUGAUAAACAAAGGUUUGGCUGUUAGUAAUUUCCUACUAGCAUUUAACCCAGGAAGCAUUGUUUAGUACCGUAGCUUGUAAUAUAGAAUUUUGCAAUGGAAUUAAUAAACUGACUUUCUUUAUUAUUUCA